UGGUCCGUGCGUGACCUGGAUCCUUACGGGCGCCUACAGGGAGGGAGGGCAGGAUGCGAUUUUUGGAGGAUUCGGCCUCUUACUCUCAGCCUCCAUCUCGUUGAUACCCUUCUUGCAUCUUGUAUAGUGUUCCCGGCAUACUGAGUAGGAUGUCUUCUAUGGUGGCGACUGAGUCGUCUCAAGAUCCCAUCCAUCGUCCUACUGGAUCGGGCCCAUCUACCACUUCGGAAGAUCCUGCUGCUUCGCUUCGUGCAGCGGCCUUGUUGACUCUCAGGUCCAAACGCAAGAAACAGAAUGCCUCUUCGGAGUUAUCGUCUAGCUUACCACCUCGUCCUGUACCCGCUGAGGCGACAUAUUUCCAACUUGAUUACGGCCAGGAAGAGCCGCCAUCUGGUGCGUCAUCUACGGCUUCCUCAUCUGCCGCCAUUCCCGCCCCUGCUCCUGUAAUCCCAAGCGAUACACCAAUGGAUGUGGACGAUUCUCAGGCCAGGGAAGAGGGCGAAAUCAGCGAUUCUGAGGAACCACCUGCUGCCGCCACGCCUUCAGCGCUACCCAAGCGUCCUUCUUCACUGUCGAUGACUUCUCCUGCUGCGAAGCCGAAAGCUGCUGCUCCAAUGACCCCGGAGAAGAAGAAGGUCGCAAUUUCCCCUCCGCCUCGCCCUCCACCUAUGUCUCCUUCUCCUGACAAAAACCGCCACAUCACCGCGGAGCCUGCUAAAUUGUCCAAGGUUCUCACUGAUAUGCCCCCACCUGCGCUUCCUGCGCGUUAUAGUCAACCUGUAAUUGCUGUAGAUCCUAAUCACGUCAGACCGGGACUCGAUAUGACACAAGAACAAUACGAUACCGCCAAAGAUAUCAUUCUAGACCUGUUGGGUUGGGGUGUCCCUCCUGAGUAUCUGGUCAACUGCGGUCUCAGUCGCGAGAUUGUAUACUACGUUUUCGUCGAGUUGAACCUACGCAUGCCGAGCAACCUCGACUUGACGGGUCUUCCAAACCCGGAGACGUACAUAGACUACAAUGCCCCUUCUUCAGACAUGCAAUAUGACGAUCAAGCUCCUUAUUCCCCACCUACCUUGCCUGUUGGAUCGUAUCGAACCCAGGGUCACCCGAGCCUGCCACAGAAGCCCAGAGCUCCACAGGGACACAGUCCAACAUUACCGCGUAGCCCAACGUCUGGACUUUCCGCCAAUGCAACGCCUUUUGCUCCGGGUGCCAGUCCACGGGUGGAUGAAGCCAGCCUUCUCGAUAUGGAGCAACAGCGCAGACAAGAGCUUUUGGCUCGUAAGGCGGUGUUAGCUUCCCGUCGAAAGACAGCCUCUUCUGCUCCAGAGUCUGCAUCUACUGCAUCUCUUGAUCCUGAGACAAUGAAAAGCCUCCCUCGUAUCCUCCAACGUGCACAGUCAACGUCCAGUGCGGUUGCGAAGGAGACUGUGGACGACUUCCUCAACAGCAUAGGACCCGUCAAAGACGAUAAAUCCGGGCAAGCGCCUCAACGCACUGAAAGUCCGGAUGCCAUGGACGUGGAUGAAAUUCCUGGUCUUUCCGCCAUUGAACCGUCAUCUUCGUCACGACCACCGCCAGUGUCUGCCAAUCGGUCUCUCUCGCUGUCGGAUGAUUUGUCACCAAUUUCACCCGCUUUCCCUCAGUCCGGCGCUUUCAACGAGUCCUUUCGUCCCGCAUCAUCGUCACAAGUAGAGCGGCGGGACGAAGACCACGGAAUGGAUGUAGAUGGCUCUGGCUCGAAUACCCCCACCAACGGCUCCAGCAGUUCAUCUUCGUCAGCACAGCAGGUUCGUCGACCCGGAAAGCGGCCAGUUGCCGCUGACUUUGUCGAUAUGGAACCCUCACGUUCGAAUGGCUCUGGGCCCUACUAUCACGUACCCCGAAGGAAGGCUCCUAGUAGUUUCGCUGGAGUCAUCGCCACACGCCGCAUGGUGAUCAACCUGAGCGAUAGUGAAGAUGAGGUGGAAGAUACUGUCAAUGGACGUAUGGGGAGUGGUGCGAGAUACCGCCACUAUUCGACUCAGCACUCGCGAGCUACUGCUCAGAGCGCUACGACGACGAGUCGGGUUUCGCCUCGUGCGGCGACCCCUGCUGCUCUACUGGAGAAAGAGAAGGAGAUUCAGAUGAUGCGAGAGUUGAUAGCUCAGCGUGAACAGCAGAAAUUGAAGAAGUUGUCUGGUAACUCGAUGAGGUCAACGCCCCCUGCACCUUCAUUGGAAGAGUCGAACCCUCCGAACGGCAUCGCUGUGAAGCUGGAAGAGGACGAAGGCGUGGCAUCAGCAUCAUUAUACCGAGCGGCUUCGUCAGAAGAACCCAGCCGAGAGACAACCACAGUUGCUGGAUCUAUGUUUACAAGCACUCCUUCGACUCCGACUGGUUCUCAUUUUUGUCUGAUUUCUGUGACCUCAACUGAUUGUUGUCUAGAUUUAAUACCUCAAGCCUUGGAACACCAAACGACAGGAGAUAGAGUUUUGACUGAUGAGGCACGACAAGAACAAGUGGUCACCCGCGCUUCCAGAUCAUCAACUCCAGAAGCUUUCAAGAGCUCACAUGUGCAAGUCCGCGCCGUUGACUCUUUUGGAGAGACGUCGUCGGCGCAGGUAUGUCCUCAUCUUGUUCUCUCUGUGACGAUCAGAUCUCUUCGAGAGAACAAACGUCAACCCAGAUCUAUUCAUGCUCAUAUGUUGCACUUCCUACGUUCCUUGCAGGCAUUAACGUCGGAUGCACAAGCACAACAUCGCUCUGACCGUCCCCAACAGACGGAAGGCUUUCUCUUUUAUCAAUCGCCUCUGAGCAAUUAUCCCUCCUUGCGUGUCCACUCACAUUUGCCAGGCAUCCCAAGGACCGGUCUUACCCCAAAUCAACUUGACUUGAAACCUCUGAAACUUGCCGCCACUCGCAAAUGGUUGCAAGAGAACUCUUCAAGAUGUAUCUGUCAAUUUGAAGUCCCCGGGGGAGGUGAAUGUCGGGAUCGUACUUGUGAAGAUAUACAUCCUUCCAAGAUGUCGACUAUUGAACCUAGCGGUACGCAUUUGACCUCUUAUGCACUGUUGCUUACCUCUUCAUCUUCUCUUAUCCCUCUCCCACUUCACUCUCAUGCUUCGUCAUGGCUGCGAUUUCUCCUCUUCCUCAUUCCAGAUGAAGAGACAGCUGAAUAUCUUUGUUCUGCGAUGCCUGAUGGCUCGCGAAUCACCGUGCAAGAUGUGAAAGCAGCACUGGAAGAAGUCCGUCGACGACAUACAACACUCGAUUUCGACAAUCGCGUCAAGGAGGCGCUGGCUUCGCUUGGUUUGCGCUAAUGACAAGUCCGACCCUUUUUGUUGGCAAUCGCUGCGUAGCCGGGGUCGCUUGACACUCGUCACCAAGCCUUCAGAAGAGGCCUCUGGUACGUGUACGAGCAGGCUGCUCUCGAUUCGGGAAAAAAAUCGGUUGAAGAGCGCAAGGCGCCACCGGGGAUGGCCAACGACGUUGGUCUCCUCCGGCUGAGGAAAUAUGAAUAUCACACCAAUAUAAUAUGAAGAAAGAUGGAUUUGCUUUGUGCACUUGUACGGAAUAUUUUCACAGACUCUUCCACUAGGGGAGAAGACUUCGACACGUUGGAGGCAUGCUGUGUUGUUUCUAUUGCUAUGAGUUGUUUUCACGCGUUGUUUUUUUUUUGCAUCGUUUCUAUUGCAUACCUCGUAUCAUAUCUAGUCACAUCGUAUUGUUGGUGCAAUGUACAACUUGAUUCCCG